AUGACAGAUAUUAUACAAGUUCCUUCUACGGAAGGAUGUUUUACAACCCAAAUGGAGGAAUUCCUUAAUGUACAAAGUGAGUUCUCUAAAUUCAGUGAUGGGAGCAUCUAUAAUACAAGUAGAACAAUUGAAAGUCCUUACUUGGAGUUUAUAGAUAAAAUUGAUUGCAAUAAGAAGCUUUGGGCUUUGGGACCCUUCAACCCUUUAACCAUUGAGAAGAAAGAUUCAAAGGGUAGGCACUCAUUCAUGGAAUGGCUUGACAAACAAGAAGCAAAGUCAGUUAUAUAUGUAUCAUUUGGAACAACAAUAACCUUAAAAGAUGAAGAGAUUGAGCAGAUUGCAAUUGGGUUGGAACAAAGCAAGAAAAAGUUCAUUUGGGUGUUGAGAGAUGCUGAUAAAGGAGACAUCUUUGAUGGGAGUGAAGACAAUAGAGAUGAAGUUGCAAAAGGGUUUGAAGAGAGAGUUGAAGGAAUGGGGUUAGUUGUGAGAGAUUGGGCCCCCCAAUUGGAAAUUCUAAACCACUCUUCAACAGGAGGGUUUAUGAGUCAUUGUGGAUGGAACUCUAGCUUAGAGAGCAUUUCCAUGGGGUUGCCAAUAGCAGCAUGGCCUAUGCAUUCUGACCAACCUAGAAACUAUGCUUUUAUAACACAGAUCCUAAAGGUUGGUGUAGUCGUGAAGGAUUGGGCUAAAAGAGAUGAACUGAUGGAUUCUUUCAUGGCUCAUAUCACUAGAUAG